ACUCGAAUUUUCAUACAUUUCCAAGUCAGGCCCAAGCAGCUCUCUUUCAAGAUUUUCUAUUAAGAGCAAAUAAGUAUAGCAAACUUCAGAUGCUUGGGGAGUCCUCAGAAAAUGAUAAAAAGCUUAUUCUUAUUGAAGACAUACCUAAUCAGUUCUAUCGAGACCCUAGCAGUCUACAUGAAAUUCUCAGGAGAUUUGUUCGUACAAGCAGAUGUCCCCUUAUAUUUAUAAUAUCAGAUAACUUCAGUGGAGACAGCAACCAGAGGUUACUAUUCCCAAUGGAAAUUCUAGAGGAGUUGUGUAUAUCCAAUAUUAGUUUCAAGCCUGUUGCACCAACAAAUAUGAUGAAAGUUCUUAAUCGAAUAGCUGCAACAGAAGCUAGUAUGAACAGAGAAAAGAAUUAUGCUCUUGAUAGAACUUCUCUGGAGUUGCUUUGCAGAGGUUGUUCAGGUGAUAUAAGAAGUGCAAUAAACAGUCUUCAGUUUUCUUCUAUGAAAGACUGCUCAUUGGAGAAAGAGUUUUGGUCAAGGAAGAAGAGGAGCUCCACACUAAAAUGUGAAGCGGCAGCAGUAUCUAAACUAAGAAAGAAAAGUAAAUCUGAUACUUCAGAAGACCAGGAGAUACAAGCUAUUGGUGGCAAAGAUGCUUCCAUCUUUCUUUUCCAUGCUCUGGGGAAAAUAAUUUACUGCAAAAGAGAACCAGCGUCAGAAUCAGAAUUUCCUCAACUGCCUGCUCACUUAUCAGACUACCGUCGAGACACCUUGCUUAUUCAGCCUGAGGAUAUUGUGGAAAAAUCGCAUAUGUCUGGAAGCAUGUUUAAUUUAUACCUUCACCAGAACUAUGUAGACUUUUUUACUGAUAUAGAUGAUGUAGUAAGAGCCAGUGAAUAUUUGAGCACUGCUGAUGUCCUUUGUAGUAAUUGGAGUACACGGCUUGUGAUGGAAAAAUACAGUGCAUCUGUGGCUACCCGAGGGGUGAUACAUUCAAAUACGUCCAGAGCCUUUGCUCACCACCAAGGAGGGAUGGGGUUCCGGCCUUUACAUAAACCCCAGUGGUUCUUUAUCAAUAAAAAGUAUCAAGAAAACUGCCUUGCUGCAAAAUCUCUCUUUUCAAGCUUCUGCUUACCACCCGAGUGUGUUCAGACAGAGCUACUGCCUUAUCUUGCUAUGUUAGCAAAUCCAAUGAGAAACCAAGCUCAGAUUGCUUUUAUCCAAGAUGUUGGGAGGCUACCGCUGAAAAGACAUUUUGGGAGGUUAAAGCUUGAAACACUUACUGACAAAGAUCCUGGGAUACCAGACUUAUUUGUUAGCUCUGAGGGGGACCGUGCUGAUGUGCAUGCUAUGGAGACAGCUGUACAGAUGGAGAAAACCAGAAUGGAUGAAUCGGAUGGAUUCUCUCUCUCUUCUAGCCAGUGCAGUGGAAGUGAACUCCCUUGCAGUCAGCCUCAGCCUGUUGCAGCUCAAGCAGUCAUGGAGGAAGAUGAAUUAAACAUAGAGGAAUAUGAUAGUGACUGAGUACAACAAAAUAUCAACCACCGACUUGCCUGAAUAGAUUAAUAGGCUACAAAGGCCUUUGCUAAAGAGAGUAUGGUCUGCACAAAAGCACUGCUUUAGCUACUUAGGUGGGCUAGGAGGCCAAGUCUAAACAUGCUGUGUC